UACAUAUAGAGUAAUAACAAUUCCCAAAAUUUGAAGGUUUUGCUUAUAGCUUGGAUUUAAUAAAUAUCAACCGGGACAAUGGAUUGGCUUGGCAAAACUUUUGAAGGCACCUCUCAUGAAAUUUCAGCAAGGCAAUAUAAUUGGAAAUAUGGACAGAAUUCAUCAUGGAUUUCACAGCCAGAGAUUGAAGAAUUUGACCGAGCUAUUGCAAAAAUAUCACUUGGUGCAGAAGGAAAGGGGAAACACACGAUUAAUAAUGCUUCACAAGUGAAAGAAGAUGAACUUCUUGCGAGGGCCUUACAAGAAAGUCUGAAAGUUGGGCCUCCAAAUAGCUGGAAUAGAAAUGUGAAUCGAAAUGGAAACAUCUAUCAACCUAUACCCGUUCCAUAUUCAACAGGAUUUAGGAGAUGUGCUGGUUGCAAUCUUGUUAUUGAUCGUGGAGUAGGUCUAAGUCGAAUGGGUGCUGUUUGGCAUCCAGAAUGCUUCAGAUGCCGCAAAUGUAACUUACCAAUUGCAGAUAAUGAGUUUUCAUUAUCGGGAAAGGAUGUGUAUCAUAAGUCUUGCUACAAGGAAAACCAUCAUCCACGAUGUGAUGUUUGCCAAAAUUUUAUUCGCAUAAAUGCUGCUGGUUUUAUAGAAUAUAAGAUACAUCCAUUCUGGGAUCAGAAAUACUGCAUGUUUCAUGACCGUGAUGGCACUCCUAGGUGUUGUAGCUGUGAACGAAUCGAGAAAAAAGGAACACCCUUUGUAGCUCUUAAUGAUAGUCGGAAACUGUGCUUGGAGUGUCUUGAUUCUGCAAUCAUGGAUACUAACGAGUGUCAACCGUUGUAUCUUAAUAUACAACAAUACUAUGAAAGUUUGAAUAUGAAGAUUGAACAAAAGAUUCCUUUACUUCUGGUUGAAAGGCAAGCUCUUAAUGAGGCCAGGAAUGGAGAGCAAAAUGGCCAUUACCACAUGCCUGAAACCAGGGGACUCUGCCUUUCCGAGGAACAAACUAUUAGCACCGUUUCGAGACAACCAAGACUUGGGUUUGGAAAUCGGGUCCCAAGCAUGAGAAUAGAGCCUUAUAAGCUGAUUCGUCAUUGUGAGGUGACAGCAAUACUCGUUUUAUAUGGCCUUCCAAGGUUGCUUACUGGGUCAAUCUUAGCUCAUGAAAUGAUGCAUGCGUGGCUGCGACUCAAUGGCUACCGAACUCUGCGUCAAGAUGUUGAAGAAGGAAUAUGUCAAGUGCUAGGUCACAUGUGGUUAACUUCCCGAAUAGCCUGCAUAUCGAGACAAGAAAAAAAUCCUCCGUUUGAGAAAAAGCUUGCGGAAUUCUUUAAACACCAAAUCGAAUCUGAUACGUCUCAAGUGUAUGGAAAUGGUUUCAGAGCUGGUAAUCGGGCUGUGAAUAAGUAUGGGCUUCAAAAGACGUUACACCACAUACAAUCGACAGGGAACUUUCCAUAUUAAACAAGUUUUAUAUGAUAUAUCUUUUGUCGUUCUAGCCUCUUUAUAUAGUGUGAGAUUAUUAAGAAAGACAGUAUACCAUGAUAGGAUUGAUAUGGUACAUUAAAGUUUGUUUGUAA